AUGGACACGUCAGGGAAGAAUGUUGAUGACGAACCGCAACCUUCGUCGACCUUGAAGCUUUUAGGUUUUAGAGUCAGUGCCGAAGGCGAAUUCCCCCCAAUUGUUCGUAGAAAUGUCAGCGAGUUCAGGAGAAUUGAGUGCCAAUUUUUUCACAGAGGAUUCGCAAAUUCUCAAGCUUUGGGUGGGCAUCAAAAUGCGCAUAAAAGAGAACGACGAGCCAAACAAGGUUCAUUUUUCAGUCACUAUCAACGAUUUGUGACUACGGGACUGGUUAUCUCGCGGCAUUCAGCUCGGUCGAGGCGGUUGAUUUAUGGCAGAGGGUCAACAAGCUUGGGUCCAAGGGGUGGCUUGUCAACAGCAGCAGCACCAUCUUUUCCAAUGCUAACCCUAAGGGAUCCUUGUCCCUUUCAUGUUGGAAGUGGGGCGCAACAAGGUCAGGGUCAGGGACCAUUUCAAGUACAAAUUCAUGAAGUUGGCGUGGGCUCAACGUCGGAUUCAUCAUCAGUGGCUAAGGAAGUAAACGAAGAAGAUGACAUUGAUCUCCAUCUGCGGCUAGCACCAUUUACUACUACUACCACAUCCAGAUGA